CAGCUUUGGGUACAUUCAAGGCCAAAUGUUACAUUUUGCUUUUGUUAAAAACUUGAAGGAUGAAGUACUAUUUGUCAACAACAGUUUUCAAGAAUACUUGGGAACAAGUGACGGGAGCUUUUUGGCAAAAAUAUCCCAAUCCGUCGAGCAAACAUGUUCUCUCUGAAGAUACGACGUCUAGGAGAAUUGAGGAUAAUAAAUUGAUCUCUACACGAAUUUUAUCAAAAACUAAUCGCAUGCCAAGAUGGGGAAAUUAUGUGUUUGGCAGCAAUGCAAGAUAUGUAUAUGUUGUAGAGGAAACAAUUGUUGAUCCUGUCAACAAGAUAUUUACUUCAUAUACAAGGAACAUUGGAUACACUAAAUUUAUGGUUGUGGAAGAAAAGUGUAUUUAUAAAACGUCGCCAGAAAAUAAAGAUUGGACGGUCGUUGAAAAGCAUGCGUGGAUCAACUCCAACCUCUUUGGCGUGUCUAGAGCUCUGCGGGCAUUUGGUCUUGAGAGAUACAAGGCUAACAUUACCAAAUCAAAUCGGGGAUUCCAAUAUGUACUUGAUCAACUUUAUCCAACCUUGACAGAGAAGUCAAACGCUGACAUACUGCCGACAGAGAUGACGAAGAUGAAAAACAAUGCAAAGACGAAAGCUGCCAAUAUGGCUGCCAAAGCAGGAAUCUGUCAAUAGUGAAGAAUUAUUUCUGUUAAAAGAAAGACCAAUCAAAAACAAAAGCUGCAAGAAUGAAAUUUUAAAAUAACGAUCAACAUAAUUUAUAUACUAUCUUCAGGAAUUGGAUCAAACGUACCUGGCAUUCUAUUACAUUCUUUUAAUGUCAUUAAAUUUUUUAUACCUUGCACACCUAUAUUACUGUUUCACAAUGAAUUGGCCAGUUGUUAAUCUUAUCCAAGGCACUCGGGUUGUAAUGUAGAAUGGUGGAGAUAGCAAUAUUGAAAUUCUGCAUUGUGCAGUUGCUUUCUGAGGUACAGUAAUUUGUAAUAUGAAUUUUUUAAAACACUUUUGAUGAAGAGGAACUGGUUAAGAUGUUGGCUUUUUAGUCCCGGUGUCUUGCCCUUGUAAUUUUUAUGAUUUUUCUUCUCAUGACUAAAAACAUCUCCACUUUUAAGCCUUAUACAGUAGAUUAAUUCUAAUGAAUGAGUGGCAAUUCACUCAAUGCUGUUUCUAGAUGAAAUUUUAGUACAAGGCCAUAGAUCGAUUCCCCGCACAUUAUUUUUUGAUUUAUGUAGAGCAUUCAUCAUUUUUGCCAUUUGCCAAACCCCAGUGGAAUAGCCUUCUAACAACGUAAUUCUGGUCUUCUACUUCAAAAACAAAUAAUAUCAUAUGUGUCUAAAUUAUAUUGUUGGGAAGGCCUGGGUCUUUUGUGGCAAGUAUUUUUGUUAUCUCAGUGUUUUUAUAUUAAAAUUAUAUUAUUUUUGUCCAAACCAUUAUAAUAAUCAAAUUUAUGUAGAAAUUUUGACCUUAUACUGAGAUAACAUUUUAGGUAGUUGCAAAUCUAAUAAUUACAUUGUAAUUCAAGUCAGAUUAUUUAUUUAAAUUUAUAGAACACUAAAUAUGUUAUUUUGUUUUAAAAUACAGUAUAUAAAAGUUUAAAUCAAUUUAUUUUAGAAGAUAUGUAACUAAGAUGCUUUUUAUAAUUUUGUCUGUGAAGGCAGGAAGUUGGUUAAGUACCUUCUGGCCAAGGUUCUUUUUAUUGACUCACCAAGUUAGCUAGUGUGACCGCCAUCUGUAAAUUACUAUUUCUUGGCUUUGAUUUUACUGAUAGUGUGAUAAAUUAUUUGUUUGGAAUGGUGGGACAAAAGUAGGAGGGCGACAAACUAUAAAUUCUAGACAUCAACAAAGGCUGCUGCUGUAAAAAUGCACUAUAAAUUCUGUAAAUGCUUUACAAGUAUUCACCAGAUUAUAUUGUCCUAUAUAAGUGUUUUAAAAUUUCCUUAUAUUCUACCAAAACUUUUGUCAGAUUUAAAGAACAAAAUGAAGUUACUUAUUGUAAAAUACAAAUUUGAUUAAAAAUGUUAUGUAAAUCAAAAUAUAUAAAAUAAAACUUGCUAAAUCUCUGAA